AUGCUUGUGACUCGGAUUAGAUUGACACCAAACACUGACAACAUCACUGCUCGUCUCGUGGUGCUCUCUGCGAGUCUAUCACCUUCUUUUUUCUUACAUUCAAGAACGGAGCUUUCAGGCCUGGCGCUGAAUAGCGCGGCUCGGGAGGCGCUCGUCAAGCAUGCUUCUGAACACACAUGUCACACAGUGGUGUCAAGAGAGCAGGAGAAAAAUGGCCGAUCUAGUCGGCUGUUAGCAAAAACAUCAAGAAGGAGCUACACUGUUCCCAACGGAGGCGGAGAUAAAUGUCUCGCCUGCUUGUCAGGGUUCGAACUACAUAGCGCACUGGGCGAGUCAAUAGAAGGUGAAAGACGGUUGAGGAAAGAAAGCAAGUCGAUAGGCAAUCGUGAAUGUGAGCUCAGACUGCCAGAUCUACAUCUGAAGGAGCAAGGGAGCGAGCUCUCGGCUAGAUCAGAAUUGUUUGAAAGGAGUAACAAAUCCGGAGGCAUAACUCGCGACUAA